AAAAGAGAAUAUUGCAAAAGAGACAUGAAACCUGAUACAGAAUGUUGUGAGAUCUCCAUAAGACAAUGAUGGGAAACGUAUGCCUUGGAUAUACCCGGAUCUCUAUCAUCAGCCCCCUCCUAAUGUGGUUAAAAGGAAACAACCCAGGCAGUUAUCACAUUUUUUUUAACAGGUUUCCUUUUUAUUGUUUUAAAAAAAUUAGGGAUACAGAAAGCAAAAAGGAGGGAGGGGAAAGUCAAAGAAAAGAAGGUACAAUAACAUCAUAUCAUAAAUAGCAUACAAUCAAAUGUACAGUAAAUUUCAGUACAUCAAUGCAAAGUAGCACCUAAGUGAACAUCACACCACAAGUCCCACAUCUUCUGAAAUUUACCCGGACACCCCCGAGCUUCAUAAGUGAGUUUUAUUAAUGGAAGCAUGUUAUUAACAUAGUUCACCCACUCUUUCUUAACAGGAGGGUCUGGGGAGAUCCAGUGCAUCACCAGCAUUUUUUUUGCAUAGAAUAGUAAUGUCCUCACAGUUACUCUAACAUGGGCAGCUGUCAGUAGAUCCUCUACUACUUCUAACAGGCAGCUUUCAUGGCUAUAUAUGUUAGGCACCUCUAAAAUGGUGGCCUCGCCCAACUUCACUGGUUCUUCCUGUCGCAUGUACCGGAGAACAGCAUCCCGGUCACGGUAAUUCAGGAUUUUGGCGAUCAGCGUCCGAGGAGGAGUCCCAGGAGGGAUGGGGUGGGAUGGAAUCCGAUGAGCCGAUGAGCCCGCUCUAUAAGGAAGUGUUCGGAGAGUUGGCCGGCUGCCAUCAGGUUCUCAGUACUCGGAUAUUAUUGUGUCGUUGUCGGCCCUCUAGGUCGUCUGCCUGCGCCUUGCAAGUGCGCAACUGUGCCUGUAAGUCCCGUAUGCUUUGCGGUAACUCUCUCGUCACAUCUUCCAGGUCUGAGAUACGCCGCUCAGCUUCUGUAGUUCUCUCUCUGAGGGACAGUAAAUCUUGUCGUAGCAGUGCAAUAUCAUUUUUAACCUCUUCCACACGGGUAUCGAUCUUGACUUCCACUGCCUGCUGAGUAUCACGUAUAGCUUGCAGUACCUCUUUCAAGGUGGGCUCAGUCGGGCCUUGGUCAUCCGACACAUCUUGUGAGUCCUGCGCUGAGGAGGCAUUACCUCUGUGAGAGCGGGCGCCAUCUUGGGAUUGGUGGCGGACAAAUUUGUCCAUCUUGUUCGUCGCCAUUUCGGCUCCUUUCUUAUUGCCUCCCAUAGUAGUCCAGCUGGGCAAUAAAGAGAGGUAACUUAUGUGACCAGUCAAAGUGGGAAACCUUCCCAAAAACAGUCGUUCAGGAUCAAUUGAAGCGGAGCUCCUGGCUUGUGCGUCCUACUCCAUUGCACGCUAGACCACGCCCCCAUUUUAAGCACAUUUAAAAUCGAAUGGGGUGCCUCAGAGUUGGAGAAAUAAGGCCAGAGACCCCAUGGAUGAGGAACUAGCCUGUGUAGUAUACUGUAUUUGCUCUUGGACACAUACACGUUUUCAUAACGUUUAGGCUCGAGUCCCAUCAUGGGGUCCAAACUUAGGUUAGGUCCCAGCAAGGUUACAGAUAUAGGAAAAUAUGUCGUCCAGUAGUAACAGGCAUUAACCUCCAUAUUUAGACCCCACCUUUUGGGAAACUCUGCUGUAGGAGAACAAGGUAGUGAGGUCUUAUUUAGUAAACAAGGUUAAGGUUCAGCAAGAAAUGUCAAAUGAAUUACUAGUUUGAUAACAUUAAAUAUAUAUGUCUUUUGACUCAAAACUUUGAGGUCCUCAAGGUUUAGACUACUGCCCUAGCUACGGGAAAAGGCCACAAACUAAAAUAGUCACAUUGCCUCUCACUGCUCCUGACCUUUUUUACCAUCCCUGACCACUCUGCUGACAAAGCCACUGGAUGGCACACUCCUCUAUUGGUCAUCUCUUAGGGGUGAGUCUCCUGGGUUGAGAAGGGGUGGGAUAGGGUCAGGUAUGGGUUGGAAAAUGCCAUAUGUGCACAUUACUAACCCACCAUCUUAGGAACCCAAGUGUUUACAUUGAGCGUACAAACAAGUGUACCCUGUGCAUCUGCCAUCUAAAGGCUGUUCUGGGAACUAGAGUAUAUGUGAGUAGUACAAGCUAGAGAGUAACAAGAUACACAGUGGUGUAGCAAAGACACAGCUAUGUUGUAAGGACCUAUUUUGUCAUGCUGCAUUAGGACCUUGCUUAGAUCCAGGACACAAAAUUUGUCUUAGGAUGGCCAUACACGAUAAGAUCCGCUCAUUUGGUAAGAUUGACAAAAAAGUGGAUAUGCCCACUAACGACAUGGUGAUAUCGAGUCGAAUGAUCGUAUUACAACAAAGAGAAUGGGUGCUGACAGGUCGUAAGACUGCAUCAACUAACCUGUGCGGUCCUCGAUCGCAGGAAAAAUCAAACCUGCCCAAUCGAUAGGCCGAUUUAUGGCCUGAUAUUGAUUAGGGGGACGCUUCGGAAGCCCACACACACACAGAGGCAGAUAGGCUGCCAAAUCAGUAUAAAGGACCGAUAACGUCAGCUUUUAGCUGCCCGUGUAUGGCCACUUUUACGACUAAAUUUAGGGGGCCCAAAAAGUUGCUAUGGGGCCCAGUAUCUUCUAGUUAGGCCACUGGACAGAACCAAUCAAUCUUGCUAGUGCAAAAUAUAUAUAAGACCACAUUCUGUGUACAAACCAUACUAAGAUGUGGGAUCAGGACCCCGCAGUACAAGGAACCUAUUGUUAUGACUGUUAAAAAACUGUACCAGUGAGCCCCAAAUCCAUUUUGGACAACUGGUUAUAGGCUCUUGGUCAGAUGUAUCCUUCAUUACUUAUUAUCCAAUGCCUCGGGUUGGCUGGCAGCAAAAUAUUGCAUAAUGGGCUCAGGGCCACAUUCAGGCACCUCAGGGUUGUAAGUGGAGCACCAGGAGAUAAUGAAUAUGUCUCUAUCCAAUAUGAUGUAACAGGCUCUUGUUAUAUUGACUUUGGUUCCCUGCCAGGACUCGCAGCUUAAAAAAGUUACUGCAGUUCAUCAGCAAAACCGAAAAAAUGUCCCUGUCCCGCCCUCUGCCUGGUGCCUCCUCCACAGCCUGUCUCGUUAGUUACUGUCUUUAUGGGGCAGGAAGAUAUCGGUGCUGUAUCGCUUGGCAGGGAUCAUGAAUAUGAUUACCGGCAAAUGGAGCUCCCCGUGUUCCUUUAUUCCCUGCUCGUUGCUCUUUUGCAGCUCGUUGCUGCUGGGCCUGCAGUUUCCCCCCUCACACUGCGAUGUAUACAAAAGUUCCUCACAGGACGAGCUGCCCAGUUUCCUUGGUAAAGACAUGUUUGCCAUAGAGAGCAGAGACCUGUCUAAGUGCAUUGCUGUGGAUUCAGGCAGACUCUUUCUGCAAGACUGCGGCAUCCUAUCCAGUAACAUGCUCUGGAAAUGGGUGUCUAACCAUGGGCUGUUUAACCUUGGAAGCAGCAGCUGUCUGGGGCUGAAUGUCAGUGACCAGCAUCGACCGUUGAGGAUGUUUGAGUGCGACUCUGCCCUCCAUACACUGGGGUGGAAGUGCACCAAUGACAUCCUGAUGAGUGCUGAUCAUUACAUGGUGACUGCAGAGAGUGGAACAGUGGUGGCCAGCAAGCAUUCGUACCAUAAGUGGAAGAGACAUAUGUCUCAGGAUGAGAGCUUCUGUGAGCAUCACUUUCAAGAGAUCUAUACCCUUAGGGGGAAUGGACUUGGGAGACCAUGUGUUUUUCCCUUCAAAUACAAAAAUUCAUGGCACCAUGAAUGUAUUAAAGAAGGGAGAGAAGACGGAUUAUAUUGGUGCUCCACCACCAUGAUACAUGACCAGGAUAGAAAAUGGGGAUUAUGCCCAAUAGCUGAUGGCGGCUGUGAGCACUUAUGGGAGCAGAACCAGACCAUACAGACCUGUUACCAAUUCAAUUUACAUUCUGCCCUCUCCUGGUUCGAAGCUCGUGUUUCUUGUCAGGCGCAGGGUGGAGAUCUGCUCAGUAUUACAAGCGUCGAUGAACAGAAUUACAUUUCCAGGAUGAUGGGUCACUCGGGAGUUGCAUUUUGGAUUGGAUUAAAUCAACUGGCGGAAGCUUCUGGCUGGAAUUGGUCAGACGGGGCACCACUCGCAAUGGCAAACUGGAAAUCAAAUGACACCUAUAACUAUGAAGAGGGGCACUGUGGCACAUAUGAUGGUUUUGGAAACAGAGGCUGGCAAAGUUCUCCAUGUACUUCUGCAUUACCUUAUGCCUGUAAAAAGUAUCUGGCACCCAGGGAUGCUGACACAUUUGACGUGUGGAAAGCCUACCCAACAAAGUGUGAGUCUGGGUGGUACCCCUACAACCGCUUCUGCUACAGAGUCGUAAAGGAACCUCUAACCUGGGUGAAGGCCUCCAGUGCCUGUCAGUUUGAUGGGAGUGAAUUAUCCAGUGUGAACUCCAUGGCAGAUGUGGAACUUGUGUUGAACCUUCUACAACAUGAGUCUGUGAGUGAAGCCUGGAUUGGACUGAGCACAGAACGGAAGGACCCAGUCACUUUUCAUUGGUCAGAUGGCUCAGAGGUGACGUUCACUAACUGGCAGAAACACCAGCCCAUUGUUCAGGCCAGUGACAGCACCCUGUGUGUGUCAGCACAAAACCCUGAUGGAGGCUGGAAAUGCAAGCAAUGCACUGAAAAACUACUUUCCAUUUGCAAAAAACCAGGAGCAAUUGAAGCAGAACCAAUAAAUUCUGAAGCAUGUCACAAGGGUUGGGAAAGACAUGGAUCGUAUUGCUACAGAAUUGAUGAUUCCCAUCGGAGCUUUCAAGAGGCCUCUAAUGGAUACUACUGUGCUUCUCCAUUAGCAACUAUAGCAAACAGAUUUGAGCAAGCUUUUGUUAAUGCCAUGAUCUCAAAUAAAACACUGGCUGGAGACACUUAUGUUUGGAUUGGUCUGCAAGAUCAGAAGUAUCAAGGAGAAUACAUGUGGGUCGAAAAUGCAUCACACAGGCAGCAAGUGACCUUUACACACUGGAAUGUACAUCAGCCCAGUCGCCAAGGAGGAUGUGUAGCUAUGCAGUAUGGAAAAUCUGGGGGACGCUGGGAGGUUAAAGACUGCAAAACAUUCAAGGCAAUGUCUUUGUGUAAGAAGCCAUUAACAGCUGUGAUAGAGGAACCACCACUGUCCCAAAUAGCUGAUGAAUUUUCAUCUGUGUGCUAUACAUGGGAGUCUGAGCCCCACCUUGAACACUGCUAUAAGGUCUUCCAUCAUGAGAAAGUGUUGGGGAAAAGGUCGUGGCAGGAAGCUGAGAAUUUUUGCCAAGGCUUUGGUGCACACCUUGCAAGCUUGUCUAAUAUAGAUGAAGAAAAGUUUCUCACUGAGGUUUUGAGCACCAUGUUUCACCAGAAUGAUGAAAGACAGUUUUGGAUUGGAUUUAAUAAAAGAAGCCCAUCUUCUGGUGGUUCCUGGGAAUGGUCAGAUGGAACACCAGUUUUGUCUUCAUUUUUAGAAGAUAUGUUCGUUGACAUCUCAAGGAAUUGUGCAGCAUAUACCACAGAUAGUAAAGUUGAUCCCUUACAUUGUGAUGCAAAACUCGAGUGGAUCUGCAAAGUACGGAAAGAUCUUAUACCAAAUGUUCCAAAGUGGCAUUUAGAAGAUAUUCCAUGGGUUUUCUUCCAAGGAAAUGAUUAUUUACUGUUCAGUUCUGAUUUUCAGUAUGGAUCCCUUGCGUUUGCCUGCUCUUGGAUGGGAGGUAACUUACUCUCCAUACAUUCUGCUGCUGAACAAGCUUUUAUAGAAUCCAGAAUACGUAAGUUUGUCAAAACAAACAAGAAAUGGUGGAUUGGACUAUCUGAGGAAGAGCAUUUUUAUGGAUUGGACAGGUGGACAGAUGGAUCCUCGGUGGUGUAUAAGAACUGGGAAACAGAGCCAGAUGAUAACAAGUCAUUGGAAGGCCCAUUGUGUGCAUAUAUAUCAGCAGAGACAGGCCUCUGGGGUUAUUCCAAAUGCUCUGCCUACUAUUCAGCAAUCUGUAAAACAAGUAAGAUCAGCAAAAUAGAAGUGGCACAAGAGCCGCACCCUCAUCAUGAAACUUAUGGGAUUUGCCCCUCAGGCUGGCUACGUGGUUUUCAAAAGUGCUACUAUGUGCAUUUAGCAGAGGACAGUGAGGAGAAGCAUGACUGGAUUUCAGCCUCAUCAUAUUGCCAAGCGCAUGGGGGUAAUCUGGCAUCCAUAGAAAAUGUGAUGCAGCAAGCAUUUAUUGUUAUGCAGCUUUAUGGACAUAAAAGUAGCCUUUGGAUACAAUUUCAGAGCAAAGACUAUAUAAAGUCGCAAAAUGGCAGUUCAAAUGCAUACUCCAACUGGUCUCCGAUUAUGGCAAAUCAGCAUAAACAAAACUUUUCCAAUGGAAAACCAGAAGAACAAGAAUGUGCACUAUUAGCUUCUAAUUAUAAUUUUCAUUCACCUGGCACAUGGUACCUUGAAAACUGCAACCACAAAGGUUAUGGAUUUGUCUGUGAAAAAGGCAUUACAAGUGAUUCUUCAUAUACUGAAAAUGGAUCCGAUAUAUCCCCUGUGCCAGACACCUUGGAGUAUGGACAUAAAUCAUACAGAAUUCUGACAGGCAAUAUAAGUUGGUAUGGCGCUUACGAGAGCUGCCAGAACUUUGGAGGGGAUUUGGCUAGCAUUACUGACCAGUAUCACCAAGCCUUCCUAACCGUCAUAGCUAAUCGCAUAGGCCAGUCCCACUGGAUUGGAUUUUUCAGCCCUGAUAAUGGGCAUCAAUUUGAGUGGACUGAUGGUAGCAAGUCACUGUUUACGGCUUGGCACAAUGAGGAAUCUCUAUCUGAUGGGAACUGUGCCUACAUUGGUACAGAUGGCUACUGGCGGGGUGGAGAUUGCAAUACAGAAUUACAAGGAGCGGUUUGCCUUGUAAUCAAUGAAACUGAUAGAAUGGAUUAUGGGGGUGAAUGCUCAGAAACAUGGAUCAAGUUUCAAAACUAUUGCUACAGCUUUUCAUCGGUAUUAAACAAAACGAUAUUUGCAGCAGCGAGUGAGGUGUGCAACCAGCAAGGUUCCAGCCUUCUCACAAUCACAAAUGAAGAGGAAAAUGUCUUCUUGUCAAAAGAACUCGGAAUAUUUACUUCUCUCAAGAUGAUCUGGUUAAACAGAAUUAUUUUUCAUGACAAUGGUUCAGUGGUGUGGUUGGAUGGGACUCCAGUAAAGUUCUCUAAACUGGUAACAAAUGAGCAUGAAAAUGAUUUACCCAAUGAUCAGUGUGUAGCCUUAUGGACCAGUGAUGGUACUUGGUGGAAUUCUCAGUGCAAUGAGCAAAGAGGAUUUGUAUGCAAGAAACACAAAGAUUACAGAGAAGCUGAAAUGGACCCAAAGGCUACCAGAACAAGUCAUGCAGUAAUACCAGUUGUUGUAGUAGCAUUAUUGGUUCUGGGUAUUUUUUUGGUGUUUUUGUGGUUCCGAUUAAAGCAGAAAAGGCAUGUACUCUGCAGCAGUCAAACCUUCCAGAAUUCUUAUUCCUCAAAGACAAGUGCUGAUAUUUGUGAACCAGAAGAGAGUAUCCUAAUCACUGAGAUGGGGGCUGACAAGUAACUGAAAAUGUUUUCGGACCUACAAAGGCACAAAGACAAUGAUGGGUAUACUUUGUUUUAAUGAUGGAGCCUCCUCCUUUCCAGGGAUCACAUCUUAACUAAGUUGUACAACCAAUAGUAUUGUUUGGUGUACAAACAAUAGUUUAUAGCAGGGGUUGAUUUCAUUGUAUGGGCCAUUAAAACAAAAAAAAUUGUUAUA